AUGGUGUUUGUUGCGUCCCAGACGACGCUGCUUGGUGUCGUGCUGGUGUUUGGGGCGUCGGCGCUGACCUGGAAUGUGGUCAACACCGCAGGGAACGUGCUGUGCCUUUCACAGUCGCCAGAGGGCCACUCCAGCCUGAUGAUCAACCUGGUCAACGCGCUGUUCGGCGUCGGCGCCCUCUGCGCGCCGCUGCUGGCGGAGCUCUGCAUUUCGCUGUGGGGCUCCACCCUGGCCGCAUACCCCGCCACGGCCGCGCUCACGGCCGCGUCGGGGUUGGUGUUCCUGCUGCUGCCCAGCCCGCAGACGCCCGUGGCCGCCGCCGCGGCCGCCUCCUCCGCGGCGGAUGGCGCGGGCGCCGCGGCAGAGGCGGGGGAGGGCGCGCGGCAGCCGCUGCUGGCGGCGGCGGACGGCGGCGCGCAGGGGGGCGCGGCGGCGGCGGGCGGGAAGCGGGGCGGCGACGGCGGCAGCUGGGGCGCGGGGCCUGGCGGCGGCGACCCGUGGUCGCCAUGGGGCCCCCUGGCGCGCGUGCUGUGGCCGGCCGCCGCCUUUGUGUUUUUGUCUGUCGGACUGGAGGUCGCCUUCGGCGGCUGGACUACGGUCUACGCCACCCGCUGGCUCGGGCAGUCCGAGGCCGACGGCCACGCGCUGACAUCAGCGUACUGGGGCGCCUUCACCGCCGGCCGCGUCGCCGCCGCCGCCGCCGCCGCCGCGCUGUCGCCGUCGGCGCUGCUCCUCGCGUCGAUGCCGCUCGCGCUCGCGGGCGGCGCUGCGGCAAUCGCGCUGCCGCCGGCGGCGCUGGCGGGCGCGCCGGCGACGGCCGCAGUCGUCCUCGUGGGCCUGGGUGUUUCCACCGGGUUUGCAAACCUGCUGGCCCUUCUAGAGGCCUACUCCCCCAUCAACGGCAGCGUCACCGGGCUGCUCAGCGGCUUCGCGGGUGCGGGCACGAUGCUCAUGCCGCUGGCCAUCGCGCUGCUCGCGAAAUCCACGCCCCUGGGCUACUCUGGGCUGAUGUGGACCACCCUGGUCGCGAUGCUGCUGCAGUUUGUGUGCCUGCUGCCGAUCAUGACGGGCGCGGGGGCCCAUAAAAGCGGCGUGCUUGUGCGGGCGCACGACGUGUCAAUCCCGCCGUCCGAGGCGGGAGGCGGCGGCGGAGGCGGCAGCGGCGAGGGUGGAGAUACUGAGGAGGGGCUUGGAGGUGCGGCACCUGGGGCAGCAAUUGCGGCAGCGUCUCGGCGGUGA